CACAUAAUAUCGGUAGGUAGAAAAUGAAUUCUUCUGUACCUUUAGCAUUAGUUGAUAGGCCAUCGUCUUCAUCCACCUCUUUCUUCCAAGGCCAAGGCUCUUCCACGUUGCUCUGCAACUGCUUUCUUGAAUUGUUCUUGGAUCCACUAUUCACUUCCCUUGCAAACCAACAAACAUGGCUGGGGCUAUAGUAGGAGGAGCACUUCUCUCGGCUUCUAUCGAAGUUCUACUUCACCGGAUGGCUUCUCGCGAGGUCCUCACCUUCCUCCGGCGACAGAGACUCAGUGCUACGCUCCUAAGGAAGUUGAGGAUAAAAUUGCUGGCAGUUCAGGUAGUGCUCGACGACGCUGAGGCCAAGCAAUUCACAAAAUCAGCUGUAAAAGAUUGGCUGGAUGACCUGAAAGAUGCUGUGUAUGAUGCAGAGGACCUGUUGGAUGAUAUCACCACUGAAACUCUACGCUGCAAAAUGGAGUCUGAUGCUCAAACCAGCGCAACUCAGGUACGUGACAUCACCUCUGCCUCGCUUAAUCCGUUUGGAGGGGGGAUCGAGUCCAGGGUAGAGGAGAUCACUGACAAACUAGAAUAUCUUGCACAAGAAAAAGAUGUUCUGGGAUUGAAAGAAGGCGUUGGAGAAAAAUUGUCACAAAGAUGGCCCGCGACUUCCUUGGUAGAUGAGUCUGGGGAGGUGUACGGAAGGGAAGGUAAUAUAAAGGAGAUAAUUGAAUAUUUGUUGUCCCAUAAUGCAAGUGGGAAUAAGAUAAGUGUGAUCGCCCUGGUGGGUAUGGGCGGUAUUGGAAAGACCACACUUGCUCAAUUGGUGUAUAAUGAUAGGAGAGUGGUGGAAUGUUUUGAUCUUAAAGCUUGGGUUUGUGUUUCCGAUGAAUUUGAUCUUGUCAGGAUAACGAAAACCAUUCUUAAGGAAAUCGAUUCUGGGGCUUCUGAAAAAUAUUCUGAUGAUAGUGAUUUGAAUCUGCUUCAACUUAAAGUGAAGGAGAGACUUAGUAAGAAGAAAUUCUUACUUGUCCUUGAUGAUGUUUGGAAUGAAAACUAUACUAAUUGGCAUAUGCUACAAACUCCAUUCACCGUUGGUCUAAAUGGAAGUAAGAUUAUUGUAACUACACGUAGUGAUAAGGUUGCAUCGAUCAUGCGUUCAGUUCAUAUUCAUCAUUUGGGACAGUUAUCCUUUGAGGACUGCUGGUCGCUAUUUGCAAAACAUGCAUUUGAAAAUGGAGAUUCUAGUCUACAUCCAGAACUAGAAGAAAUUGGCAAAGGGAUUGUAAAGAAGUGUAAAGGAUUGCCUUUGGCUGCAAAGACCCUAGGGGGUGCCUUAUACUCAGAGUUACGAGUAAAAGAAUGGGAAUUUGUAUUGAACAGCGAAACGUGGGAUUUACCAAAUGAUGAAAUUCUCCCCGCCUUAAGGUUAAGCUAUUCUUUUCUUCCUUCACACUUAAAGCGGUGUUUUGCAUAUUGCUCAAUUUUUCCUAAGGACUACGAAUUUGAAAAGGAAAAUUUGAUUCUAUUGUGGAUGGCAGAAGGCUUUUUGCAACAAUUUGAAAGCAAGAAAACAAUGGAAGAGGUGGGUGAUGGGUACUUUUAUGACCUAUUAUCAAGGUCAUUUUUUCAGAAGUCCAAUAGUCACAAAUCAUAUUUUGUAAUGCAUGAUCUCAUUAACGACUUGGCUCAACUUGUUUCUGGAAAAUUUUGUGUUCAGUUGAAGGAUGGUAAAAUGAAUGGAAUUCUUGAAAAGCUCCGCCAUUUAUCAUAUUUUAGAAGUGAAUAUGACCAAUUUGAGAGAUUUGAGACCCUAAAUGAAGUUAAUGGUCUUCGUACCUUCUUUCCUUUGAAUUUGAGAACUUGGCCUCGGGAAGAUAAGGUUUCAAAGAUAAGAUAUCCAAGUAGUCAUAGGUAUGGUUUAGAGUUUCGCUUGAGUACUAGAGUUUGGAAUGAUUUGUUGAUGAAAGUUCAAUAUUUACGAGUGUUGUCAUUAUGUUACUAUCAGAUAACGGAUUUGUCUAAUUCAAUUAGUAAUUUGAAACAUUUGCGCUAUUUAGACCUUACCUACGCACUCAUCAAAAGGCUACCGGAGUCGGUUUGUAGUUUGUAUAAUUUACAAACAUUGAUAUUAUACAAUUGUAAAUGUCUUGUUGAAUUGCCUAAAAUGAUGUGCAAAAUGAUUAGCUUACGUCAUCUUGAUAUCAGGCAUAGCAAAGUGAAAGAGAUGCCAAGUCACAUGGGUCAAUUAAAAAGUUUACAAAAAUUGAGUAACUAUAUAGUGGGCAAGCAAAGUGGGACAAGGGUUGGAGAGUUGAGGAAGCUUUCCCACAUUGGUGGGAGUCUUGUCAUUCAAGAGCUGCAGAAUGUGGUUGAUGCUAAGGAUGCCUCAGAGGCCAAUUUGGUAGGCAAGAAAUAUCUGGAUGAGUUACAGUUGGAAUGGAAUCGUGGAAGUCAUUUUGAACAAAAUGGAGCAGACAUAGUGCUCAACAACUUACAACCUCAUUCAAACUUAAAGAGACUUACUAUUUAUAGUUAUGGUGGCUCAAGAUUUCCAGAUUGGUUAGGUCCUUCAAUUCUGAAUGUGGUGUCGCUACGUCUCUGGAAUUGUAAGAAUGUGUCAACCUUCCCACCGCUUGGGCAGCUACCCUCUCUUAAACAUUUAUAUAUAUUGGGGUUGAGGGAGAUAGAAAGGGUGGGCGUUGAGUUUUAUGGCACUGAUCCCUCCUUUGUAUCCCUAAAGGCUCUAUCAUUUGAGGGUAUGCCAAAAUGGAAGGAAUGGUUGUGCAUGGGAGGCCAAGGUGGAGAAUUCCCUCGUCUCAAGGAGCUUUAUAUAGAGGAUUGUCCCAAGCUAAUUGGGGACUUACCAACCGAUCUGCUUUUCUUGACCACACUACGGAUUGAAAAAUGUGAGCAGCUUGUGGCUCCACUUCCAAGGGUUCCAGCCAUCCUUCGAUUGACAACGCGCAUCCGUGACAUCUCACAGUGGAAGGAACUACCACCACUACUGCAGAAUCUCUCAAUUCAAAAUUCCGAAUCUCUACUGGAGGAGGGAAUGUUGCAAAGUAAUACUUGUCUUCGAGAGUUGAGAAUCAGAAAUUGUUCUUUUUCGAGACCCUUGUGCAGAGUUUGUUUGCCCAUUACAUUGAAAUCAUUAUAUAUAGAGGAGUGUAAGAAACUAGAGUUUCUCCUACCUGAGUUCUUAAAAUGUCACCACCCUUCCCUUGCCUAUUUGUCUAUAUUCAGUGGUACUUGCAAUUCUCUCUCAUCCUUCCCACUCGGCAACUUCCCAAGUUUGACUCACCUCAUUAUCAGCGAUCUCAAGGGGCUUGAAUCCCUCUCCAUUUCAAUUUCAGAGGGCGAUGUUACAGCUUUGCAUGGGUUGCACAUCAUCAGGUGCCCUAAUCUUGUGUCUAUUGAAUUGCCAGCUCUCGACUUCUCACGAUAUCACAUUCUCAAUUGCAAGAAUCUCAAGUGGCUGCUGCACAACGCUACAUGCUUUCAGUCAUUAACAAUAAAAGGUUGUCCUGAAUUGAUAUUCCCAAUACAAGGUCUGCAAGGACUGUCCUCUCUUACCUCUCUCGAAAUCUCAGAUCUUCCAAAUCUCAUGUCCCUUGACUGUUUGGAGCUUCAACUGCUCACCUCUCUUGAAAAAUUAGAGAUCUGUGACUGCCCCAAGCUCCAAUUCUUGACAGAAGAGCAGCUGCCCACCAACCUUUCCGUUCUAACAAUCCAGAACUGCCCAUUGCUGAAAGAUCGGUGCAAGUUUUUGACAGGGGAAGAUUGGCAUCAUAUAGCUCACAUUCCACACAUUGUGAUCGAUGACCAAGUUAUGUAAUGAAGGUGGCAUUACACCAAUUUAUAGUCAGGUCAUCUGUGAUGCUUCACUCUGGCUCUGAUCAACAUAUCUUCAUAAGGAAUCUUUUAAGACUCCCUUGCUUAAUUAGGGCCUUGUCAAAUGCUUCAGAUUUCAUUUAGAGUGAAUUGAUGCUUAAAAGCCAAGCAGCUCUGCAGGCCUUUGAUCCUUGUUCUCUCAACAAACUCUAGCUGUCUAGUAAUGAUUUCCAAUGGGGCCAUUUUUUUGUUGUGAGUUCAGGUUCAUGACUCUUUUUGGACAACAGUAGCCAAGAUUUUUUGCACCCAAAGAAUCAUGAGUUGAUACUCUGCUGGAGGAACUACAGAAGCUCAACUCUGUUGGAGAGUGGAGGAUGCAGCAGGCUCUAUGAUUCCAGUUCUUUGAGGUUGCAUCAGCAUUGAUAUCUUAGUUCUUCUCUAAAAACAACAGCUUUGAUUAAUCUGCAGACAUUCGGUUUAGGCACCUCAAACUCAAAAUCUUCAGCUUCUGUCAUGCCAUCUCCUUCUCAUUUCAUGAUUGUCAUCCACCUUUGAGCUUUACUUUGUUAAUGGGUCUUCCCUCCAACCUAAAUUCACUUACAAUAACAAACUGCAACAAACUUACAUCCCACAUGGACUGUGGCCUGCAAGGGCUGGCCUCUCUUACCUCUCUCAAAAUCUCAGGUCUUCCAAAUCUCAGGUCCCUGGACAGUUUGGGGCUUCAACUGCUCACCUCUCUCCAAAAAUUAGAGAUCCGUGACUGCCCCAAGCUCUAAUCCUUGACAGAAAAGCUGCUGCCCACCUCCCUUUCUGUUCCAACAAUCCAGAACUGCCCAUUGCUGAAAGGUCAGUGCAAGUUUUGGACAAGGGAAGAUUGGCAUCCUAUAGCACACAUUCCAAACAUUGUGAUCGAUGACCAAGUUUUGUAAUGAAGGUUAUCAGUAAUUCUUCUCUCUUGUAAAUUGAUGCUUAAAAGCCAAGCAGCUCUGCAGGUCUGAUUUCGUAACUUGUUUUUCUUGUAUAAUUUUAUGGACCUUGAAUUCGUUUUCAUUGGCUAAUUCACUGAAACUCAUGGAAUGCCUCUGAUCCUAUUUUUCUCAAUAAAUUCGAGCUGUCUAGCAACAAUCCUUCCAAUGGGACCUUUUUUUAUCGAGUUCAAAGACUCUGUCUGGAAGAUUGUAGCAGAUAUUUUCUAGCAUCCAUAGACUCUCAUGAUUGAUAAUCUGCUUGAGGAACUGAGAAAGCUCAACUCUGUUAGAGAGUGGAGCAUGCAACAUGCUCUGUGAUUCCCAUUAGUAAGAUAUUUUAAUUGCUUUUGUUUAACUUUCUAAGCUACAAAUUACAAGGAUUUAUAAUUCCAUGUGCAUUAUUUUUCAGGUUCUCUGUGUUAAUAUUCUAGUUCUUCUCUAGAAAAAACAGAUAUGUUUCUUCUGUGUUAAUACUUUUCAUAAGAUGACACAUUGUGGAGUUCCAUCAUAUGCAUGACAAGAUAAACCCAAUUCUAAAAUCAACUCAGCCUAAAACACAUUGUGGAGUUCCAUAUGGCAUCUUAGCGCCGUAAAUGUUAACAUUUUCCUUAGUGUAAUCAUUGUUUUAGCUUCAAUUAAUCUGCAGAUGUUCAGUUUAGACAUCUCAAACACAAAACCUUCAGCUUCUGACAGGCCACCACUUCCUAGUCUCUGCUCAUCUCCUUCCCAUUUAACUAUUGUCAUCAACCUUUGAUUUUUUUACAUCGUUGAUGGUAAAAGAAUCAUAAUUGUACUACAUUUGUUGAGCAUGGAUGCUACCAUUUAAUUUCCAUAUUCAAGCUUUUCUUGUACUUACAAAUGAUAAUUUGAGCUCUGGAUUUUCUUCUUUUAAAUUUGUGAUUCUGAGGCAGAUGCUUGGAGAAGAGAGAAGUCAAACCAUAUUCAAAGUCAUAGCAGUGCAGAGUAUGGUUUUGUUCCACCAAGUUCAGAAAUUAUGAACGUAUUGGAUCUGCUCAUACCACCUCCCUUCAUGAUGAAUUUUAACAACUCAGUACUUGGAGGAUGGCUACUCAACUAAACCCUAUUUAUUGGAGCACAAUUUGAGCUUUUCUUCCUUACUCAGAUGGUGGCACUUUGAAUCUUUGGAACAGUUGUAGGAGGAAGCUUUGCCAAAGCCUCCCUAUGCAAUACAUGGGCCUUGGCUGCAAGUGAGAUUUGAAGAUUCUAUUCUCUCUUGGAAGACUUCAACUCAUUUUUUUUUUUAGUUUUGAGCCUUGAGCUUUUACUUCCAAGCAUGUGCAAAGAAGAAAGAAAGCAACAACAAACGUCCACUUAUAGAAGUUUUACAUGGAGUGAGACUCCCAUGGAAAAUAUUGUAGCUAAUGGUUUGUCAACCUUGAAGGUUAUAGUUUUGUUUCCCAUUGGAUCUUUAAGGAAUGUGUUUGUUGAAUCAUACAUUUUGAACUUACUAUAGAUUUUGUGUAUAUACACAUAAAUAUGUAUAUGCCGAAAAGUUACAAAAUUGCUCUAAUGUUUUACUUGAAGUGAGGUUCAAUAUGCCCUUCUUCUGCA